CAAGAAAGAAUUAAUAAUCCCCAAAGUAGAGGAAAACGAUAAGCCGGUAAUUCCGUUUCCUCACCAAAAGUAACCUUCCCGCAAAUGACGCCUUCAAAAACAUCAAACAAAAAAACGCAUCCCUCUCGCAUUCAUCAAAAUCCAUUCACAUUCACCAUAGAAUCUAGCUAGCUAGGUAUCUAUAUAUCUUCACGAAUUACUCGGAAAAUAAAAUCUCAGAACAAAAUUCGAGACGCUAAUUGGAGAAUCAAAUCCUCCAAUCCAAUGAGGACACUGUGUCCAAAUUUCGAUAAGGAAGACGGAUUAGAAACGGUUUUGGAAGUUCCGAUUCCGGAGGAUAUGUGGACUGGAAUCGGAAGCAGUGGUUCAAAUCGGUGGCAGAAUCUUUGCUCGCUCAUGAAAGCGCACAUUUCUAACGAUAAAUCUUCGCAUCUUUCUGCUACUUCUAAUAAUGAAUUCAUUGCGUUGCUUAAACUUGUUGGUUCUCCUCUUAUUCCUCUUCAGGUUCAAUGCGAUCAUACGUUAACUCGUCCUCUCAAUGAUUCUAGCAUCGAAGCUUCGAGUGCAAAGUAUAUAGUGCAGCAAUACAUAGCUGCCACUGGAGGAAUGGGAGCAUUGAAUUCACUGAAGAGUAUGUAUGCAGUUGGGCAAGUGAGGAUGUUUGGGUCCGAGAUGCGUGCGGGAGAUGAUAGCAUUAAACCAAUUGGUAGAGCUGAAGUGGGAGGUUUUGUGUUAUGGAAAAAGAAUCCAAGUUUGUGGCAUUUUGAAUUGGUUGUCUCUGGUUUCAAAGUCAGUGCAGGGAGUGAUGGGAAGAUAGCAUGGACACAAUCUUCUUCUAAACCUUGUCAUGCUAAUAAAGGACCUCCAAGACCUCUUCGCCGCGUCUUUCAGGGGCUGGAUCCAAGAUGUACAGCCAACUUGUUUCUAGAUGCUGUAUGUGUGGGAGAGAAAACCAUUAACAAAGAAGAUUGUUUUCUACUCAAGUUAGAGAUAGCACAUGACGUCCUCGAAGCACAAAACACAUCACGCACAGAAGUUAUCAGACACACGGUGUGGGGUUACUUUAGCCAACGCACAGGGUUACUUGUCAAACUCGAAGAUUCCAAGUUGGUUAGAAUGAAGCCGUCCAAAGAAAAUGAAUCUGUUUUUUGGGAAACAUGCAUUGAGUCAAUGAUUGAGGAUUAUAGAUACAUAGAUGGUAUUAAAAUAGCACAUGGUGGCAAGACAGUGGCUAUUUUAUAUAGGUAUGGUGUAGCACAUAACCAUAAGCGAAGAAUUGAAGAGACGUGGAGGAUUGAAGAAGUUGAUUUUAACAUUUGUGGCUUGUCAAUGGAUUGUUUUUUGCCUCCCUCUGAUAUCAAGAAGGAUCAAGAUGUUGUAGAACAAAUUGUGUAGUAGGAAAGAGUUGGGACUUUACUUUCCUUUUCCAUCUGUUUUGUCCACCAUAACAAAAAAUUUGUACAUAUUGUAUAGAAGCAAACCAUAGUUUGAAUACGGAAUAUUUCUCAAGAUCCUUGGUUUAGGACAAAAAAUUAGCCAGCGUUUAGAUUUUUACAAGGCAUUUCAGGAUUUUGUCCUCAAACUGAAAAGGAUGUUAAACUUCAUAAACUGAAAAGAAUGGUUAACUUCACAAACA